UUAUGUGAAGAUACAAAGGAGUACAAUACUUGUGUAUCUACCUGUGGCAGAACCUGCCAAGCACUGUCUGUGCCAGAGACAUGCAGCAGUGAUUGUGUUGAAGGCUGUGCUUGUCCCUUUGGAAUGUACUUGAACUCCAAGACUGAAAGAUGUGUAGAGAGAAAUGAAUGCCCCUGUUAUUUUCAAGGAAUCGACUAUCCACCUGGAGACAAUGUCAUCACAUCUUUGGGCAAAUGCCAUUGCAGUAAUGGAGUCAUGAAUUGUGAUAACAACAUAAUUGCACAGAACUGCCCAGUUGGGCAGAUAUAUAUUAACUGCAGUAAUCCGAAAGUUGAUGCUGAACUCAGCAGAGAGAGAACUUGUGAGAACAAACUGCUAAACCUCACUUUUUCAGCACACCUUCCUUGUGUUUCAGGUUGUGUCUGCCCACCAGGGUGA